CACACUCAGGCCUUCCACCGGAGGCUAACAUGCUGCCUCUGAUAUUUUGUGGCCAGCAGGGUUUUCUAAAAGAGUAAAACCUGAAAAGCCAAUGAAAAAGCAUGGUUAAUUAAAUGUGAAAGGUGCUGUCCUUGUUUGGACUGUCUCUUAAUGGUAUGGCAAGCCCUGGUAAAGAGCUUAACCUGCCAGAUUAAAAUCAAAAAACUGUCUGAGUCCAUCUGCUGGCUGCAAGGAGUUUACUUCCAGCACCUUUUCUUCUUUCUUCACUAAAGAGGAAUACUGCCCUCCAAAAGAACAUUCCCAGGAUGUCUUGGCUGACAUUUUUUACCAAAUGCUUUUUCCAAAGAUAAUUAUAUGUGACAUCAAGAUCUGUUCAAGAAGGGCAAUACUCUUGGCUGGCUCGGGACAACAGCUCUUUCACCACAAGGAAUCUUCUUUUCCUUUCUUUCUUUCUUUUCCCCCUUGCACAUUGAGGUGUUUUUUUUUGGGGGGUUGGUUGGUUUGUUUGGUUUUUGACACAAGUAUGCUUGGCUUCAUUUGGAAAAUCUUUCUUUGCCUUCCAGUUUUUGGAAUGAUUAAAGAUGACCUUCAACUAGUUGCAGCAGAAGGUUAUUCAGCUCCAGGAGAACAGGCUAAAGAUAUUUCACCACCAACUCCUCAGUUCAGUGGCUGGCAGACAGCAAACCCUUCUCUGCCUCCUGAGUUGCAAAAGAUUAAUGGCAAGGUGAAGGCUGAACAGGUCAACAGGCACUUGCCGUUACGAAGAAAGCGCUCCGUCCUGUUUCCCAGUGGAGUUAAGAUCUGCCCUGAUGAAUCUGUUGAGCAGGCUAUUGCCAACCAUCUGAAAUAUUUCAGGCUCAGAGUAUGUCAGGAAACAGUCUGGGAGGUCUUCAAGACAUUCUGGGACAGACUGCCAGAGCGAGAAGAGUAUCACACCUGGAUGAGCCUGUGUGAAGAAGGAACAAUGAGUAUCUUUGAAAUGGGCAUGAACUUCAGUCAGUCUGAGGAGCACCGGAGUCUGAUUGUGAAGAAACUGUCCUAUAUGAAGGAAACAAUGGGCAGCUCCUGCACUGACUGGUCAUGUGGUGGUGGGACCCCGACUCCAGCUCCGCUGGCUGAUGUUACCACGUUGAGGGAUGCAGCUGCCAAUGUUCCUUCCCCUCAUGAGAUCUCCAUUGAGAGUCCUGCAGAUGGUACAGUCCGUGAAGAUGCAGACACUACUAUCAACAAUGAGAUAAAAAGGCAGGAUGAGAAGCUAGUGAGACCUGUAACUGAGCAGAUGAUUGAGUUCAGCAUCUUGAUUGUUGGUGAACAGUACAGCGAGGAUCUCAGCGACCCAACUUCUGCGAAGCAUCAGCGGCUCUCUGAACAAUUCGUCUCUCAGAUGAAAACUGUAUUUGAAGGACUACCUGGAUAUAAAAACAUCCACGUCCUAGAUUACAGCUCUCCUGAGGAUGACAGUGGAGUGGAAGUUCACUAUGCUGUUACAUUUGAUGGAAGAGCCAUCAGCAAUGCCACCUGGGACCUGAUUAACCUUCAUUCGAACAAGGUGGAGGACAACUCCUUUAUGGGCAUAGAGGACAAUCCAACAGUUGUGUACACUAUCAGUGAUUUCCAAGAUUACAUUGCUGAAAUCCUCCAGAAAAAUGCCUUGCUUGAUAAUAUUUCCUUGUCUUUAGAUGUUAACUCUCUUCAGCUUACUAAUGUGAAAGAAAUACUACAUCCUACACUAGAAGACUCAUCCUGGAUUACUGAGCAUCCAGUAGUGCUGGAGCGCCCAGAGUUCGAAGACGGCACCUUUUUAGCUGAACGGCCUUCAGCAGAUGAAUCAACUGUCAGCAAUACCUUGCCCUUGGAUUUCGCCAAACCAGAUUCCACUUCAGAUAGCGAACAGGACAAUGACAAUGAAAUCUGGCCAAGACCAGAAAAUCUGGGCUCUGAGGCCAGUUUGGCACCUGAAGCUUCACUAUCCUCAGAGACUGACAUCACUUCUUUGCCUGAUGGUCUGACCUUAGAGGAUGGGAAUCAGACUCCUCAUCUGGUCACUGCGCCAGUGCUAGGGGGGGACUCCAUGGACUCUCUGGAAUGGUUUUCAGCCCCUAAUUCUUUAGACGAUACUGGGCUAUCUGAAGACCUUUUGCCUUUAAGUCCUCCUCACCUCGUGCCUGAAGAACUCCCAUCUACAGCUGAUUAUGAAGUUCCUCUGCUUUCUGCACCAACAGUGGCCUCUUCAUCAGACAUAGAGACUGAUAUAAAAGAAACAAUAUCUGCUGAGAAGGAAGAAGUAACCCAAGGUAGUCCUGCAGGCAGUAAAGAUGUAGACUCUGUGGUGUACCCGCCUGUGGAAGAACUUCCUUUUCCUUUAGGAGAACACCCUAUGGAAGAUGAAAAUGAUAUAUAUAUUGGAGAUAGAGUUAUAUAUGAUGAUGGGUCUGGUUCAGCUUUUGAUGGUUCAGGGAAAGAAAUGGAAUCAAGUAUUUGGCCCUGGGAAGAAGCAACACUGGAACCGGUUUUCUACCCUGGUUCUGAUAGCUGGUUUGAAGAUGACAAUGAGUCUUUGUUAAUCAGACCUGAUGAUAUACCUGAAGGCAUGAUCUUAGACUAUAUUCUUAACUCUGGGAAUAAAUUAGUUGAUGAACCUUCCAAAGAUGAAGGGAUGAACAAUAUAAAAGAAGAUUUCCUUGAUGAGUCUGAAAUAUUUGUCUUUCCAGAGACUGCAACACAGCAAGUACCUCUCCUGCAGACAAAAGAGGUGGAACCAUCACCUGUGGAGCCAUCUACACAGACAGAAACCUUGGGCACGUAUGAUUCUUCUUCUGUUAAACCAUCCUCAGUUUUGGAGCCUUCAGAGGACCAUUCCUCUGUAGACGUGCCGACUGGACAGGUCUCUGUCUCAUCACAUGCUACAGGUCUGUCUGUGGAAGAUAGUCUCCUUACACCUACAGAAAGUGUCAGUAUGGAGCUACCUGAAGAGUCCAGCAUAGGCCAGGACAUCAUUGAAGACAGGACAAUGGUAGAAGAACUAGUCACAGUGGAGCAGUCAGGUGUAACAGAAGCUGCUACAACAGGCCAGUUGGACACUAUCUCUUCAGAAACUAUUCUGCCUACAUUUCCUUCCAUGGUAUAUCCAGCUGCCUACACAGGAAGCACUGAUGCUUUCACAGAAGAGUUGACAGACCAAGACGCUACUGGAUCAGCAGUGACAGCUGCCACUCACAUUUCAGUUGCAGUUCCUUCUGUAACAGAUCAGAGUGCUGUUCUAGAGAGCUUUACUGGACAGGGUGGUACAGACCGUGACACACAUGUUUCUGUGAGCUUCAGCACUAUUGAGCUUCUGUCCCAUCUCCCUCCUGUGACUACCUCAACGAAGCUGGGAGAUGAAACAACAGAAGUCCUGGAUGUUUCAGUGGAGCUGGGUCAUAUGAGUACUGUCCCCCUUUCUCCUGCUCUGACUGAGGAGGGAAGGACUGUGACUAAAAGUCAUGUGGAGAUAACAACUCGUGUCCAGUCUACAGAGAUGGCCAGUGUGGCUUGGGCCACCCAUGAAAAUCGCAGCAGUACUCCUGUCCCAUCACGGUCUCUAGUUGUGUUUUUCAGUCUUCGGGUCACCAACAUGAUGUUUUCAGAAGACCUGUUUAAUAAGAACUCCCCUGAAUACAAAGCAUUGGAGCAGCGAUUCUUGGAGCUGCUGGUGCCCUACCUUCAAUCAAACCUGACAGGCUUCCAGAACCUGGAAAUUCUGAACUUCAGAAACGGCAGCAUUGUGGUGAACAGUCGGAUGAAAUUUGCCAAACCCGUGCCUCGGAACGUCACCAAUGCUGUCUACAUGAUCCUGGAAGAUUUCUGCAACACUGCCUAUCACACCAUGAACCUGGCCAUUGACAAAUACUCCCUAGAUGUGGAGUCAGGUGAGCAAGCAGAUCCCUGCAAGUUCCAGGCCUGCAAUGAGUUCUCUGAAUGCAUAGUAAAUCGCUGGAGUGGGGAAGCAGAGUGUGUCUGCAAUCCUGGCUACCUAAGCAUUGAUGGGCUGCCCUGCAACAGCAUCUGCGACCUGCAACCAAACUUCUGCCUGAAUGACGGAAAGUGCGACAUCAGCCCUGGGCAAGGCGCCAUCUGUAGGUGUCGUGUGGGAGAGAACUGGUGGUACAGAGGGGAGCACUGUGAGGAAUACGUGUCUGAGCCACUGGUUGUGGGUAUUGCAAUUGCUUCUGUGGCAGGAUUCCUUCUUGUGGCAUCUGCUGUCAUCUUCUUCUUGGCCAGGACCCUUCGAGACCAGUACACAAAGAGUGACACUGAGGAGUCACAGGGGCAGGGUGACAGCCUCUCAUCCAUUGAGAAUGCAGUUAAAUACAACCCCAUGUAUGAAAGUGAUACGACUGGCUACAGCCAUUAUUACCGGAGAUACCCUCAGCUAACGUCCUACAGUUCUACCAGUGCAGAGACAUCCACUGACUACAGCAGUGAAGAGAUCAGGCAUAUUUAUGAAAACAGUGAGCUUACUAAGGAGGAGAUUCAGGACAGAAUUCGAAUUAUAGAGCUCUACGCUAAAGACCGUCAGUUUGCAGAGUUUGUUAGGCAGCACCAAAUGAAGCUGCUUUAAGAAGAAAUCAGUAGAAGACAUGUGGGAGAUAAAGACUACCUUGUUGCCAUAGCAAUGGGCUCAGAUGUAACUGUGAAGUUACAAUCUUGACAUUGCAUGGAUGGAUACAGAUGUUUUCUAAAUGAAUGGCUAAAAUGUACAAAUGCCUGUUUAUCUCAAUUCCUUCUGGAUUUUCUGUGUAAAGUGACAUUUCUAAGAGGUGAUCACAAGUGGCAGAGGUUAUAAAAGUUCAUUUUUCAUUAACUCUGAAAUGGACAGAGGAGGUUUGUGUACCAAGGCAAAAAAAGUCUCCUCAGGUAAGAGAAGAUACAUGCACAACCCAAAUAAAAGGCACGUUUGAAAUCCCUGUCUGGCAUUGAUCCUCUCACUGGAGGCUCUUGUAGCCAUGUCAUAGGUGUAAAGCACUAGUGGAACAGAAUAUUUGGUUUGUAGGGGAGAGUUAUUGUUCUAGAAUUAUGGUAACAUUAUUUUGAAGCAUUCCUGUUGCAAACACAAAUAUAACAUCCCUGGAAAAAUUGUUCUUUUGUAAAGGUGCUUGGUGUACAUCUUGUCACCUGGCAGCAGAAAAACAGAAGAGAGCACUGAGCCUGCAGGCCUCCUAAAGGCUCUCCUCAAGAAGAAGCGUCAGGGCUACCUGGCUGUGACUUCCUCAGGGCACCUCGGCAAGGCAGGGCAGUACUUUGCAGUGCAUCACCCUGCUUUUAAAGCCAGGAUGGUUGGUGCUCCAGCUGUUGCUGGGACACAGAAGGGCUUCUGUUGUACAAAUCAUCUGUGAAUCUUAAGCUACUAAUAUUGAUUAACUUUCUUUUUUGUAUGUAGGCAGUUGGAUAUUUUCUAAGUUAAUGGCCAUUACUUAUACAUUGUGUAUUCCCUGCCAGCUCAUUUUCAUAGUGGAUUUAUCUGUUGAAAUAGAAAGAUGCAUUGUGUAAUGGUUAAAUACUCCAGUGGCAUUUAUGCCCAUCCUUUUGGAGCAAAAUGAAACAAAAAAAAAACAAACAGAAAGCAUAUUCAGUGCUUACUCAAUGUUGAAUUCAGCCAUCUCAGAUCUGAGUUUUCUCUACUGAACUGAGCAAAAGCCUGCCAUGAGCUUUGUUCUGAAAUCAGGCUGUGGUACUUCAGUGCACAUCUAUUUGGUGGAUGGCAGCACUUUCCUAUGGAGAGGAAAGAAAUGAGGUUAUUCUUAAGUUAAUGGAAAUCAGUGUAGAAUUUGUUAAACAGAGGAAGUCAGCAUGAAGCAUUUGAAAAUAGCUGAACUGAGAUGGGGACCUCCCCAGGUACAGGCAGGGUUUUACCUUCAAGUUAUGAAGAGAGCUGUGACAGCGUGUUAGGGUGUGCUGGGGCUCUCUUCAGUCACCCAGUGUCUCUUAGCUAAGACACCAACACACUGGCAAGGUUAGGGCACUACCAGUCUCAAAUUAGCUUCUGCUAGCAAACAAGGCCAAGCUGUCUGUCAUUUCUAUAAAGUCUGUAGUUCUUGGCCCACAUGUGCCAACAGUCACCUGAUACUUCUCAGAGUUAAACAAUAGUGACCAUUACUUACUUGUUUAUAAGCUGCUUAGUUGAACAAGUGAAUAUUGCAAUGCAAUUCUUUUAGGUGUUCUGGAGGACCUCUCCAGAUCCCUUGCAUACUAUCUUCUUGCCUUGAGUGGCAGGGAAGGGGCAUCAGAGCCUCACAUCAAUGAAAUGCUUACAUGAACCACUGUAAGACCAGCUAACACAAGAGAAGAAAGUAACCUGGUGCUGCUGAACUCUGUUGUGACCAGAUGUUAUGAGUUAGAGACCUCGUUGUGCUGGGUGAUCUGAGGGCUGUCAGAACAGCUGGUCUAGAGUUUGUGUGACACAGCCUACUCCCACCUGCCCUUGCAGUAGCAGGGCUGAGCCAUUCUGUUCCACCAGAGCCUUGUGAUCAUGGUAACCGUACAAUGGGGAGAAGCUCUGGGCUCAGGAGAAGCAUCACCCUGUGACUUGUCUCUGUGCAGCUGGGCUGCCAGCCCUGGCAACUUUGGUGCUGCUCCUGCUAAGCACAGCAGUGGCUGGCAGCAGAGACCAAGCACAUUUGAAAGGUAUUCUGCUCUUUGCUAUGCUCAAGCUGAAGAGAGCCUUAGUUACACUGAGUACGAGGUAUUUCUGUGUAUAUAUAGUGAAUCUUUUCUUUGUGUGUGUGUGUGUGUAUACAUAUGAGCAUAAUGCUGUCUUUUCACUACAAUAAACAAAUAUUUCCAAAA